UGAAUGCACAUGGGUGAACUCCUUAUUAUUCGGAAUGUUUUCAGUGGCCUAAGCUUCACGGAUGAACUCCCAUUAGUAUAAAAAGAUGACAACGAAAUGAAUUCUGAAACCUACAACGACACAAAAUUCUGAUUUCUGAUGCUCGAAAUAUCGAUCUGGACGUACGGGUCGGAAAGGACAAAAUCUACCUGAUGUUUACAAAAUAUUAACGCACCUGUGCAGGUGAGAAUAUCGAUGCGGUGAAACCAUUUUGUUGUCAUUUUGGUGUAAAUGUUGCUUUUGUUUUGGUGGUGAGGAGGGGUUUAAGGUGAACACCAGGAAUAGGAUUGCAUACACGGGACGUAAUUUUGGACCUUACAUCGAUAAAUAGAGAUUCACACGUGGUACCUUCGUCCAGUGCAGGUACUCGGAGUUAAUUGACCACCCUGGUAAAUACGUCAAAUGGACUGUUUAUCAGUCCCGGAUUUUACGAUUUCAACACAAAAUUUCAACAAACAUGAAUUAAUUCGCCAUAUUUUGUUCUGAAGGGAAUAUUUAUCAACAAGAUAAAGUGCCAUUGUUUGUUUCUAAUUCAUGCAGGGACGUAAAUAACUGUCUGUUUACACAUUCACAGAACUAGCAAUAAAGUAAACAAGGAUCUCCCCCUUUCAGAGUAGUGUGGCCAUCAGGCAGCAACGGUGUCCUAUAGUCCGAAAUUCCAUAUCGGUUUUGACCGUUUAAUGUCAUGAGAGGUUACGUUUGGUUUCCUUUUCAAGUACUGUCAACCGAUAAUCGGAUCCACACGUAAAUAUAGCAGGUUAAGAUCAUUACAUUGUCAUAUAGUAUGUGCUUAGUUGUUGUGAUGUAAUAGAGGGGAAAAAAUCAUUCAUGUUACAGAAAGUGAAUCCAGGGUGGAUUGUGAGGAUAUAUAUACCGUAGCUUACAUUCACAUUAGUAGCGGGGACCGACCAUUCAUCCCGAGAAAACCUGUAGUUCAACGCAUUAACCGGAAUUUUUAACUGUCUAUAUGCACCCACCAACUCGGUAUCAUCAAAAGUAUUUAAAUGGUAAAUUCCCGUACGACUGCAGAAAGAAAAGCGAUUCUAUUGAUGAUGUGUAUUUGGAAUAGAUAAGAAACGGCCGUCUGUUCUGUAUAUGGGAAGAAACUGUAAAUUAUUAUGACAUUUUGAGCAGACCCUCACUAUGUUCUUAUCGUCUGUAGUGAUUUUCCACCUCGUUGUGUUGUGUUUCGUCUGUGAUCCAGUAUCGGGUUCCCAGCAAUGUCUCGCGAACCCCCUGGUUAUCAAUCCCACUGCGCAGGUGCGGUUCGCAGUAGUGAGCAGCAUCCGGCAGAGCACGAAGAUUGAGGAGUGUUACAAAGUGUCCCAGAAUGCAGUGCAGUACUUAUCUGCAAUAGAGUGGGCUGUCAACAUCAUUAACUCCCAGGGAAAUCUGAAAAUUCUGUCUCUAGGGUUUGAUGUGUAUGACGAUUGUGGACUAGACAGACUCAGUACUUAUGGCGCCAUGAACGCAGUCAGCUCUGCAUUUCCGUCCAAAGUAACCAGCUGCGUCGGCAAUAGAACUCUUCUUAACUUAGGUAUCCUUGGAACAUCGAGAAGCCAGACUUCCGACAGUGUGGUGAAGUUACUGAGCGGUACUAAUAUACCUUUGUUAAGCCCCCUAGCCUCGCUUCCAGAUCUCAAUAACUAUGACAACUUCUUGCGGACCACGCCUAACGACGCGGAACAGGUUAAGGCCAUCGUUCAGCUGCUUGUUGAACUAAAGUGGACCUACGUGGCUGCCAUACAUACAGACGAUAAUUACGGAUUCAGCGGGAUACGUGAGAUCGGAGCACUGGCAAAGUCCCAUAAAAUUUGCAUCGAUGUUAUCGAGAGCUUUAGUUCUACAGAAGAUUUCAGUUUAGAUACCACUAGACAAAAGUUCUAUGAAAAAUUAGAAAAACAGCAGGACCGAGCGCAAAAUCGCAGGCUAGGGGUGAUCUACUUCGGAAACAAGAAUGUGAUUAAAUCACUCCUGAAUCGUAUUCGAUUGGACAACAAGUUUAAGGAGUUGGUGUGGCUGAUGACAGAUUUUGUGGGUAGAAGUGAAGACGUCUUCAGUGCGGUACAAAGUGCUUCGAGUGGUUUCAUAACAAUAUCACUAGCUUCUCGGCAGAUCACAGGAGCUAGAGAUUAUUACAUGGAAAAAUGGAGAAACAAAAACUCUGAAUCUGUUGAUCCACUGGAGAAAUUGUUGUCUGAAAUUGGUAACGAGGCUCAGGAGAGUUAUCGGUUAGACAUCGUGCGUCCCGCUGUGGAUGCCGUGUUUGCCAUGGCGGCCGCUUUCAAUGACGUGUUUCAGGAGAAAUGUCAGAGUUACUCAUCAAUGUGCGACGGAUUCGCAGAGUAUCUCAAAAAGAACAUUUUACUAAAAUUGAAAAAUGUGGAUUUUUCGUACAGUUCCUUGAAUACUACACACGAACCAAAGGAACUCAUCGAACAAGAAAGAACAGUUCGGUUUACGGCCAAGGGAGACUUUGUUGCUUCUGAAACGACGCCAUUGUACGACAUCAAUGUCUUCAGAAAUGGGAAGUUUGAAAAGGUUGGGGAGUAUGUCAAUCAAACCCUAAAUGUAAACAGUUCAUCAUUAGCUUCCUACCAAACUUCAUCCUGUGCGAGAGUAUGCGAGAAUUGUCAAACAAAACCGGAAAUUCCCUAUCGAUAUCAUUAUGGUGGAGAUCAUAGUCAAGCCAUGAUAUUAGGGAUUUUCCCAAUUCACUCAAUAAAUGAAACCGAUAAAUACGACUGUGGUGACCUAGAUACAGGGUCCUAUUUCGUCAUAGCAGCCGAGGCCUUUUUCUUCGCAGUGAAAGACAUUAGUCAGAGAACAGGUAUGAAUUUUAGCGCGCUGGCGUUUGACGACUGUUAUAGCAAAAAUAGGGUAUCCCUGAUAUUAUCUCAGUUCCUGUCUGGGAGACUUCAGAUUCCAGACGGUGAAGGAAGCUUCGUGGACCCCGGAAAUGUCGUGGCCGUUAUAGGUGCGGCAGCUAGCGGUGUAACCGUUCCCAUGACUUUCCAAUUCACUUCACUGGGCAUCCCGGUCAUAAGUUACGCAUCAUCGUCACCCGAUCUCGAUGAUGGAAUUAAUUAUCCUUAUUUUCUGAGAACGGUUCCCAGUGAUGUGGAUCAAGCUAGAGCGAUGAUAAAAAUCGCCAAAGAUCUGAAAUGGCAGUAUAUAGGGGGGAUUCUGUAUGUAAAUAACAACUACGGAAGUAAAGGGAAGGAACUCUUGUUGAGGUACGCCAACGAAAGCGAUAUCUGUAUUGGGAAAGCCAUUGAGAUUCAAGAAGCGGAAGAUAACUUGUUUGAUGUUAUUGAUGAAAUGAAGAGAACCAACUCUGAUGUCUUUUUAUACUUUGGAACGGACGCUCGUUUAAAGUCUCUGUUACAGGAUAUGAAAACCGAUAACUAUAAAACCGUCGUGUUCCUCGCCAGCGAGGACUGGGGCGAACGACAAGACAUUCUGAACGGUUACGGAGAUUUCGUAAAGGGAUCCAUCACGUCAAAGUUUGAGACCAGAUCAGCCGUAAGUGGCUUCGAUUCCUAUCUGCGGGAUUUAAAACCGGAAGUGAAAGCCAAUAAUGACUGGUUUCGGGAAUUUUGGGCAAAUUUUUUCAACUGUAAUCCUCCGGGGAUGUUUGAUAAGACGAAAAACGUCGAUUGUCCAGAAAAUACACAGUUUACACAGGCAGAUUUACAAACAUUCAUUAAGAACCAACGUAUCGUUCACGUCAUGAACGCAGUCCACGCCGUGGGAACCGCCAUGGUGAAGGUGAAGGACACUCUCUGUAUGGGCGUUAGUUUCCCUUGUCAAAAUAUUAAAGGACACGUAGACGAGGUGGUGAACGAAAUCCAAAACGUCGAAUUAACAGUUGAUGGGUCGGUGUUUACUGUUUUCAAUUCCGAAGGGAAUGGCAACGUUGGAUUUCAGAUUCUAAACAUUCAGAAAACGGGAAGUACCUCUUACCAAUACAGACAGGUUGGGGAAUACCGCAAUGACCAGUUAACAUUGACAUCAGGGUUUCGUUUUUACAACUCUAGCGGCAACCCCCGGGAAAUACGAGCCCUUUGUACUGAAAGGACCUGUUCGCACUGUGUGUCAUCCACCACCACAGUGACUGUGACGGAUGCGACGGUUUCCGGGAAAACUGAGGUCGAGGGGUUCCGAAUGGCUGAAAUAAUUCUGAUUGUUUUGAUUGGAUCAUUGCUUGUCCUGUUUAUUUUGUCUUUGAUUAUCAUCACUCGAUACUUCAAAAGCAAAAUGAAAGAUCUGCGAAUCCGGGUCCUGGAAAAUAAGCCCAAGGUAAUGUACGUGAAUGAAGGUCCCCUAUCUGUGUCCAAUCCAAUAACAUCGGGAAAUCCAAUCGUCUUCCAGAACCAAGGUCAUUCCAAUGGAUCAGCGAUGCCUACAAAUGAUGGAUCGUCUGGUCUUCGUGGAUGUGAGAACCAGGCCUUCAUUCGUGAGAGUUACAACCACUUAGACGAUGGACCCAGAAAUUCUCCAAGGUUAAAUCGGUUAGAUUACUCUCCGCUUUCUCAAAACCCAUUCAUUACAAAUCCUGAUAUUUUGAGUCAAAGUUCUGGAGGCGGACGAACAAAACGAGUUAGUGAAAGCCAUGAGUUUCGCCCCGAAUUGCCUCCACGUGAUCACCCGCCACCGAGGAAGUAUAAUAGUAGCUCUUCUCUUGAUAGCGGAGGAGCAACAACCCCCACAGUUCCCAAAAUGGGAAUCACACGCUCCAUGCUGGUUAAUGGACAAGUUCCGAGCGACAGUCCCUCUCCGACAGGGCCUAAAGCAGGACGUAUGCUCCCGUCUAUUGACCCUUUCACUCAGACUGUCAUAUCGCCAUUAGCAUCACCCACACAUUCUUCUUCAUCCUCCAGUCAGAAACCUGGAUCCCCCUCUCGGGGAAUAAUACGAACUGACAAAGCUGUGCAUUCACAUAAUUCCCCCCACAGAGGUCAUCACGUGCCAUCAACUCACUUGUCACAAAACAUUGAUUCUCCUAGCGGGAGUGUUUCACCGAUGGAUAUUUCUGCGGAGUUUCCUCCACCUCCAGAUUUUACACAAUUGACAUCAGUUUCCUUUCCACAGACCGCUAAGAUAAAAUCACGAAUCAGUUCCAGCAGGUCUGCAGAGGAAGCUGCCAGAAUUUCGAGAGUGUGAAAUUAUUACGCAACAUUUGCAACCAUGUUACAUAAAUCGUAAUGCAAAUCGUGGAUAUAUGUGUUAUUCCAGAAGGAAAUACGUGUAAUAGUGAAUGAAUUAACUGGACCGAGUCCACUUUUAGAAUAUAAGGACUGUUUCAUUUGAAAUGUAUGUAUGUGUUUAUAAUCAGUGCCUUGUAACCUACCCUAGAGCCAUAUUGCUGAUCCGGGAAUAAUGUACAAGAUUCGAGUGACGGUAAAGCAAAGAAAGUGCAUUUUCAUGAAAUAUCUACAAAACAUUUUUAUACACAUAUUUUACCAUUGCUAGAAUUACCCAAUGAGACCUCAUGAUUUAUAAAUUCUAGUUAAGGAGGAGUAACAAACCAGAGAACUAUUAUAUGGAUGCAAAGUAGAGGAUAUGUUCAAUAAUAUAUUAGAAUUGAAACUUUCACAUUUACUUUAUCUAGUUGCAAAAUACAGGUUUAGUAGAAAGUGAUCUAGAAAAAAUAAAUAAAAUCCCUCCUAGGCUCGAACCCUGAUCUACAGAUCAGCAGUUGACACGUAAACCUACUGAGCUACCAAGCUAGACAAGUGCAUUUUUAUAGAAAAGGAAUAUACACGUAUUGCUGAUAUUUAUAUUUUCAUUCAUAUUUCAAGAGGAAGUCAGCCAUUAUGACGAUGUAGUAUUCCUCCUUAAGAUUGUCUUCGAGAGAAGAGAGAAACUCCUCGACAAUGGAUAUCCCUGAUUGUCCCUUAAUGCACACAGAACUUGACGGUCUCAGUGUGUGGCACACAGAACUUGACGGUCUCAGUGUGUGGCACACAGAACUUGACGGUAUCAGUGUGUGGCACACAGAACUUGAUCUCAGUGUGUGGCCGAUGUGCUCAAACAUUACUCUGGAAACAUAUUUUCAGUGAUCAUUAUUUUGUAUCAAGAGAACAAAAAUGAUAUUAUUUUUUCAUAUUUCUUGCAUUGAAUGAAUUGUACACAUCUUUAAGUAAAUCAUAAUUAUGCAAGAAAGCGCUUACGAUUGUGUGUAAGACAUUGUAACAUAUGAAACUCAUUAACAUGCAGCAUUACGGCAUCACCAUUACAUUUUGUAAGUUUCAUGCGGGACAAAUUAUUUUCAAUAAACAAGUACAAGAGAA